CCCCCGCCCCGUCUUGGUAUGGCCUGUCCGGCGCUCGACGUUCCACCCCCCUCUCUCUGCUUUCAGGUUGGUUCAUCCCCCGUCUACACUGGGGUGGUGCUUAGCCGGCGCCAGACCGACCCUCGACUUCGGAGAGGUAGCGCGGUACCUUUGGGUGCUUCCGCCUCCCCUUCUCCGGCUGCUUCUGCCUCCUCGGCCUCCUCGCCCGCCGCGGGAACCCGAGACCCCAGUGUAUGCCCCAGCCCUAACCCCGUUCGCGAUAUGUCCACCCCGGCUCGCCGGCGCCUCAUGCGGGACUUCAAGAGGUUGCAGGAGGAUCCUCCAGCCGGAGUCAGCGGGGCUCCGUCCGAGAACAACAUAAUGGUGUGGAACGCGGUCAUUUUCGGGCCUGAAGGGACCCCAUUUGAGGAUGGAACAUUUAAACUUACAAUAGAAUUCACUGAAGAAUAUCCAAAUAAGCCACCUACAGUUAGAUUUGUCUCUAAGAUGUUCCAUCCAAAUGUCUAUGCAGAUGGUAGUAUAUGUCUGGAUAUACUUCAGAACCGUUGGAGUCCAACCUAUGAUGUGUCUUCGAUUCUAACAUCCAUACAGUCUCUGUUGGAUGAACCCAAUCCCAAUAGUCCAGCAAACAGCCAGGCUGCUCAGCUGUACCAGGAGAACAAGCGGGAAUAUGAAAAGCGUGUUUCUGCAAUAGUAGAACAAAGCUGGCGCGACUGUUGACCCCGGGUACAGUUAAAGAAGAAGCUGGCCAUAAGAAAAAUAUAUAUUGAUGUGUUUGUCACCUCCCUACUCUUGUCAUUACAUUUACUUUAUUAAAAGCAAAAUAGCUGUUGUGCUGUUUCCAUCUUCCCUCGCCAAGUUUUCCUACCCCUUCUACCUUCUCCUUAAACAUCAGAAAACACCUUCUUUGAAAUCAAAUGUACUGUACCUGGGUUACUUGCAAAAAAUUACUAAUGCUUAAGUUUUUCUGUUGUAUUUCAUUUCCAGUUUUCAGGCAGUUAUUUUUAUUAUUGGACUUUAAGAUUUAAGGUAAAUUGUUACACAAGAGGUGCAUAUGCAUAGCUUGAUGACCAGGAUGUUAUUUUUAACAAAAUGAUUGCUGAAGUGUUUCAUCCCGGCUAGUCCUUCACUUCUGUUGGAUUUAGAAGUGAAUGUGUUUGGAAUGUGGUCUACAGAGAAAAGAAACAAAUCCAUGUAAACAAUUUUGAGAAGUAUGGGAGCUAGAAGUCCUGUUGUUACUAGGAUCUCACGCAUAUGAAUUACUAGAUAGUAUUUACUGGCAAAAAGGAGAAUGUUGAAGGACUCAAAGGAGUACAGCAAUUGUAGUAACUGACAAAUCCUCUCUGCAAUCUACUGACUGGGCACAGCCUUGCUGAGUUUCAGAAUAUUGGUCUUCUGGGUUUUUGCUUUUUAAAAUAGGUGUGGGAGCAGAAUGGAAACAACCAUCAGUUUUUGAGCUAGGGAAAGUUGGAGAUCCUUUCAUCUUUUUAAAGGGUCAUUGCUGCCCUAGAUGAAUAAAACUCAAUUCACCAUCUUUAUUUUAUAGUCUUAAUAAAUUCAAGGAAGGGAGCAUAGCAUAUCUGUGGCAAACUAUUUUCCACUCAAAUCCUGAGUUAUUGCUGCAUGCUUUAAUUUCUUCCCUUUCAGCAUCUGAGAACCUUAAAGCCAACAUCUGCAAUCUUUUUUUGGAUAUUUAUACUUUUAGAUAUAUAGUACCUUUAAGUAGCAGUAUGGGACAAGGCUUUUAAAUGUUUUGUCUAAUGUUCUAUUGUCACCUUUUAUGCAUUUAUCACUUCUAAAUCUAACUUUGCACAAGUAACCCAUGUAAAAAAAAAUGUACAUUUUUCAAAAGUUGUAAAUAAAAAUAACCUUAAAAUUUCA